GAAGUUGGACCCACAAUGGUUGGAGAUGAACAUUCUGAUCAACAUCUGAUGGACUACCUGGGUGCCAUUAAGAGGAACAUGCUGGGGAACCAUUUUUAAAGAAAAGCCACCUUAACAAAACAAUGCGGAAAAUCAAUACAAGCAUUCCACAUUUCUGGGAAAUAGUCAUAUUUCACGCUGAUUGAAACAGAACUGUGAAUAUGAAAGAGCAAGAAAAACCAUCCCUUAGAGCAAAAGGGGGCUCUUGCAGGAAAGUGGGGCAGGCGUGAAUUCUCCAUCAUACCCCAGGAAAGAGCUUCCUCUAGUGGAGAGAUGGAAUAGAUCUGAGAGGGAUACAGAAGCACAUGAUUAACUGAACUCUCGAAGUGGGAAGAUAGAAGAAUCUUACGCUGUAACUGAUAUUUUGGCAUCUAUAUUAACAAGCUUUUGAUACCAUGAGACACCAGCAUGGAUACAGGUAAUAUCAGAGAAAGUCAGCACUUGUGCCAAAUCAAAUCUCAGUCUUCAACAGAUGAGCUAGUUCCCUUCAUUGCUAACCUGGAGCUCCUACCCAAUGAGCAGAUUCCCACUGCCAUCUGCCUGGGUUGGUUAAUUAGCCAGCACGAGGCUCUUGCAUGUGAGUCACCAACAGCAGAAUGUAUGCAUCACCACCUGACACUUCAAGCUUUAAAAUCUAAAGGCGAAAAGAACCACCCCCUCCUUCCAUCUGUGGAUCUCACCAAUACAGUGAGCCAGUCAGAAAUCACUGUAGCUAGAGCUCUCCAAGGAGAAUCCAAGUUUUCCCAAGCUGUGUCACAAAACAAAAGGUCCUGUUGAUGAAUCUCCUGAAACCAGUUUAAGUGCCCCUCAGGAAUCUUGCCUUCUCCUCAGGCAGAGCGUGCGCUGAUGCUUCACUACUCUCCACACACCUACUUCCUGAAACCUUGGCAGUUACCAAUAGUGCAAAACCCAGUUUCUGACGUGGCUGACUCAACACGGGCUUGGCUCAAAACAAACACAUACGCACAAGGAAUCAGAGCCUGGGAAGCAGUGACAAGAGACCGAUGACAAGAGGUGGAAGAGAGCAGAAGAGAAAGAGGCACUGUAGGAUUUACCGGCUGUUUCCAAGCCAGCAGAAUCUUGCCUUGAGCUGCUGAUUGCAACACACAAGUACGUUGUGUACGGUAGUGGUCGUGGUUCUCAUCACUGAAUUCUGCUGUCUCCCCUCUGCCUGCAGAACUGAGCUGCUGCUUCACCACAGAGUAAGUCUUUAUUCUAAAAUUAAUUUUCCUAAUGCUUGCUCAUUUCCUAUGCAGUCUCUACUAGUUGUCUCAUUUGAAAUUCCUCUCGGACUGUAUUUCUUUUGUGUGCCUCAGUUUGACAGAGAUAAUGGCUCCCCUUCUACCUACUCAGUGAGGCUUUUGUGCUGUGCCCUUCACCAUGAAGGUGCCUGGUUACCAUGGUACCGACAUGCUCUUCUGUUCUAGAUGCUGGGUUAAUCUGUUCUCAUUGUGUCUACAUGCCAUUGCUGCUGUUCACCAGUUCCUUUCUGAAGCAUAAACAGGCAGAUACCUCAACCCUUUCUAUACUGAAGGGGGAGAUUCCCUUCUGUACAAAAUGGGCGAAAGAUCUUGUAGUUCCAUUAACUCAGGGAGGUGGUAAGAAAGAGUUUUCGCUUCCUAUGAUACCAGCCUGUUUUCUCCCUUACAGGAGUUGUGGCUCUUUGUUGAACUCGAGAUUGGAGUCCAGUGGCCUCCUACACAGUGCAGUGAACAACUCCCUUCCUUUUGCUGCCUAGCAUGGAUACUUGGCGGAGAGGAUCCAUUAAAUCCACAACGUUCUUCAAGCGUCUUUCGUUCAGGAAGCAUAAAAAGCUGGGUAAUCAAGUCAUUAUUUUGAAUCAGACCAGCCAGACACUUGAGAACAAUGGACAGUACAAGAGGGAACCAUUAAGAGACCUGAAGGAUAAAGCAGAGUACCUGGUCUGUAAGAGUGAGCAAAAUCUAGCACAGGCACAGGCACCUCCUAAGCCACCUCGGCUGUAUCUGGACAGUUCCAGCUGCCCCAACAUAAUUGACCACACGGAGUCUCACUCUACAGCCAUCUCCUUUUCCAGUGUCACUCCUCAGUACCAUAAGGCAACACAAACACACAUGACUAACUCCCACACAGUCCAGGCUACAGACUGUGGGACCUCUGAAAUAGGCUCUGAUCCCUUCCUUUCCUUCAAAGUGGACUUGGGGCUAUCACUCCUUGAGGAUGUUCUGCAGACUCUCAGGAAACAGAAUCCAAGAGAUUACGCAGCUUGAAAGUGUUUAUCGUUUAAGUUAUUAAAUUAAUUAUUAGCAUUAGUAGUUUCCUUAGCCCUCACAGGAGAAGAGGAGACACUGGAGUGUCCCUACCCUGGACUGCCUGUCUCAUCGUCCUGUCUUGCCCACCAUAAGCUGUUCUUGUCCAGGCUCCCUCCCAAUUGAGCUGUCAGUACACCAGUUUGUGAGAGAGCCACAUGCUGGAAUCUAGUUUGAUUCAUUUCCAUUCUCUACACUGGACGGGGAAUUCCUCUCCACUGCUGACACUGAACCUCAUCCUAAUGAAAAAAAAGGCCAUGUUUGGUAACAGAGACCUGUUAUUUUUGGAACACCACUGUGACUAUAAAAGGCAUGGGGGAAAAAGGAUUCCUGGGUAACUGGACAGUUUGGAUGAGAUGGCAGCUUCAAUAUCUCAAAGCCAGGUGGAGCAGAAACAAUGGAUGUGAUGAUUCAAGAUGUUCCUUUUCCAAUGGAUUUCUUUCCCCCUAACUGUGUGUAAUGGGCAUUCCCAUCUACCGUCUAACUGGAAAAAGGUAAGCAACUGAAAAGGCUCACAAUAUAGCAACAGCAAAUUUUCCAGCCUAUUAGCAAGUGGAACAGCUUCUGUAGAUAUUGCUUCUUAGAGCAUGCUCUGAAUAAUCAGCUGUAAAUAAAUAUAGGUGAGAAUAAAUGUAUCUGUCAUUA